GUCAACAAACCAGUCAGCGAAAUGUAAAAAUAAAAAGAAGAGAGCAUAAAUCUGUUUUUGUUAAAAUGUUAGCUUCAGAAGAUUAAAGGCGUUGUCCUGUGGUCAAUCUUUGAAGCAUUAUUUAACUAAUGUUGAGUCCAUAUAAACAGUUUCAAGAUGCGCAGUGAUUCUCUUCUGUCCGGCGUCAAUGUCGUGCUUGUAAUGGCUUACGGAAGUCUGAUAUUCAUUUUGCUGUUCAUCUUCGUGAAGAGACAAAUUAUGCGCUUGGCGAUGAAGUCGCACAGAGGACCACAUGCUCCCAUUGGCCACAAUGCUCCAAAGGAAUUCAGACAAGAAAUUGACUCCAAAUUGUGCCAGGUCCAGAAAAUACAGUUUGAACCUCGUCUUCUGACACCAGACGAUGUCCGACUUAACCACAUACAACAGUCUGGUUGCAGUGACUACCUGUACAGGAUGAGAGCACUGGACACUGUCAGAGACACUGAUCUGCCUUUCCGGGAAGUGGGUGGGACGUCUGCAGCUGUUACAGGCAAGAGAUUUAUGAGCUGGCUGCUACAGCUACGGAACUCCCACUGCCCACUCCGAAACAACCAAAGCUCCCUCAUCGACACUGUGCUGGAUGGUUACAACAGAGCACGCCAUGGGUCAGAGGCGUUUGGUGAAGCUGAAUUUUUACAAUAUCAAGACGCUCUUACAGAACUGGCUGCUGUUGUGAAGUCUCACACCAGCAGCAGCAGCAACACUGUGAACCAGCACCACCAAUCUGCAGCCAAAGACCUGACCAGCACUACCGAGCCCCAAAGGUCCUCCUCUCCAACCCAAACCACCUACCUCACCGCCACAGCGCAGCACCGCAGCAAACGUCCCCGACAUUUCCUGGAGCUGAAAAACUUCAAAGACAACUACAACACUCUGGACAGUUCGUUCUGAUAUAACAAGUUAGUGGUGACCACAUAAACUAAAAGCUGCCUAAAUGCCUGCACAUAUUGCCUUGUUUACAGUAGACCACAUAGACUACUAGUACAGUAUACAUGUGACUUAUACUAUACAUGUGCACUACAGACUGUGCACACAAGUGCUUCUUUUGCGUAGUAUGUGACUAUAUCAUAUGUUGAUGGUUGUUUUGACCAAAACAAAACUGGACCUAUGGGGCUACGUGAUGGUGUCAGACAAUCAGUAUUUAUCACACAAUAUGACACCUAUGCAAAGCUAACUAAUAUUAACCUUCUAGUUAGUACAGUAGAAGGUCUGAGCUAAUGAGUGAUUGCUCUUGUGGCUACUGCUGGUUGCUGAACUUAAUUUUGCAGCCUGUUCUUAAUUGCCUUAAA